AAAUAUACUCUCUCUCUCUGGAUUCAUGCAUAUAAUAUCUCAGUUAAAAUGCAACUUUCAAGUUCAAAGAAAAUGAUCCCAAAGGAGUCCCACUUUUUUAAAAUCCAUUUACCUAAAAGUCCACUGAGGAAAAGCAAAAGUGCAACCAUGCCAUGAAAAAGGCUUAUUUAAAGUCCUCCUACUCUCUCCUCCCUUCCCACCAACAAAUGGCUACUCUCUUGGCCUUCUCCCUCAUCCUUCUCUCCACGCAUGCCAUACUCACCCAUGCCAAAUUUUCCGAGCAGUCCCUCGAAACGCAGACUGCUCACCGUGCCGAGAAGGUGAGCCAUCUGCACUUCUACUUCCACGACAUUGUGAGCGGGAAGAACCCGACUGCCAUCGUGGUUGCAGGGACAAGAAACGUGUUUGGCAUGACGACAAUCAUAGAUGAUCCCUUGACAGAAGGGCCGGAGCCCGGAUCAAAAGUGGUGGGAAGGGCUCAAGGAGUGUAUACCUUGUCUGCGAAAGACGGUGCAGCUCUGCUCAUGGCGAUCACUCUUGUGUUCCAAGAGGGCAAGUACAACGGGAGCUCCAUCAGCAUUCUUGGGAGCAAUCAGUUUCUUGAAGCUGUGAGAGAGAUGCCGGUUGUUGGAGGCACUGGAGCUUUCCGUUUUGCUCGUGGCUACGCCUUGGCCAAGACGAACAAGUUCACCGUGGCCACAGGAGAUGCUGUGGUUGAAUACAAUGUCUUUGUAAUGCAUUACUGAAACUGCAUUUGUUCAAAUAUCACAACUUCCUUUAAUUUUAUUGAGAGACAUGAUGUGAACUUGAUUUCCUCAAAUUUCAAGAGUUGGAUUCUUCA